AUGAUUCCAUCUCAUACAACAUCAUCAUUUACUAAAUUAAAGAUAAAUAUUGUUCUUUCGAUUAAUGGCUCAAUACGUAUUUGUAAUAAUGGUGUUUAUUUAGCAAAAUGUUAUCUUGAAUCUCGAUCUUUAAGUUAUGGAUUACAAGUUCGUCGUUAUGAUACAGGAUUAUUUCCUAUUGCUCAAUGUCGAACAAUGGAGAUACCAAUGGAUGCUGUUUGGAAUCGGUUAGAAUGUAAAGAUCUUGCAUUUAUUGCAGUUUAUAAAAGUAUUUUUGUUCAAGAAUUUGCUUCAUCUAUGUAUAAUUAUUGUUAUAAACUAACUGGAACUACACUAAUUCCUCAUUGGUCUCAGACACAAUGUUAA